AUGCCCUCCGCAAUCGCCAUCCGCAAAGUCGACGGCAAGCCCGGCCAAGUCUAUUACCCACUCGAAAGGAUCCAGGUUCCCGCGCCCCAGCCCACCCCCAACGAGGUCGUCGUCCGACUAAGCGCCGCCUCCCUCAACCACCGCGACCUCUUCAUCCGGCAGCACCUAUACCCCGGCACAACCUUCGGCGUACCCCUCCUCGCCGACGGCUGCGGCGUGGUCUCUUCCACCGGCUCCUCGUCCGAGGCCUCGCGAUGGAAGGGCAAGCGCGUCAUCAUAAACCCCGGGACGGGAUGGAAAGACGCGCUCGAGGGCCCUGAAGAUCCGAAGGGGUAUGCGAUUCUAGGCGGCACGAAACUCAAUCCGAAGGGGAUGCUGGGCGAGUACAUCGUCAUCGACGCCGGGGAAGUGGAGGAAGCGCCCGCCCAUCUGAAUGAUGCGGAAGCCGCGGCGCUGCCGCUAACGGGGUUGACGGCGUGGAGGGCUGUAUUUACCAAGUCAGGAAACGCAAAGCCUGGGGCGAACAUACUGGUUACUGGAAUCGGAGGGGGCGUGGCGCUCAUGGCGUUGGUGCUGGCGAGCGCGGCGGGAGUCAAUGUGUGGGUGACGAGUGGGAGCGAAGAGAAGAUCAAGAAGGCGAAGGGGCUAGGUGCGGCGGGUGGGGUCAGUUACAAAGAGGAAGGCUGGGAGAAGAAGCUGCUGGAAAUGCUACCAUCGGGAAAGCACUUUGACGCAAUCAUUGAUGGCGCUGGGGGAGAUAUCGUCGAGAAGGGUACCAAGUUGCUGAAAGCUGGCGGCGUCAUAGUGGUCUACGGUAUGACCGUCAGUCCGAAGAUGCCUUGGUUGAUGAGCGCGGUACUCAAGAACAUCGAGGUGCGAGGGUCGACCAUGGGCUCAAGGAAGGAGUUUGCGGAUAUGGUCGAGUUUGUUUGUAAGAAGAAUCUCCGUCCGAUCAUCUCGAGGGUUGUUCAAGGGAUGGAGGACCUUGAGGCUAUCGAUGGGCUCUUUGAGGAUAUGAAGAAGGGUAGCCAGUUCGGCAAGCUAGUCAUCGAUCUUGCAAGGGAGGGUGAGGCGAGUAAACUAUAA